UCUUACAGGGCUCCUGAGUUCCCAAGGGCUCCUGGCAAAAGUACAACUUUAAACGUCAGGGAAUGAGAUGGAGUGGAGAGUCUUGUGAUCCCAGCUUUUCAGAACUGCAAAGUCAUAUUCAGACUUUUAAUUGCUGCCACACUGAGGAUAAAAACACGUGUCAGAGGAGCCAAAUCAUCACAGGAGAAAUCUCCUGAAUGGUCUGGAUUAGACGUGAGGAGCGGUGGAAAUCUGAUUGAGUCUUUAGUAAGCUGUCAGAGUAUUGGCUGGACUUCAUGCAAUCUGUUGCGGCAUUGGCUGAUGGCUCCCUCUGUCACACACAUCCAGACUGCAGGACGUGCAGCAGGAAUACCAUGGGAAGACUCUAGAUAUACUGAUCUCUCUCCUACUCUGCUGCAUUAACAUUACCACAGCGUGGUCUGUGGAUAAUUAAUUCAUGAGCUUAGAUAGAGCUCUUGGAUCCCUUCAUUCUGGUUCUGUUGAUUGGAAUGAAACAGGAGCAGAUCAGAAGGUUUUUCUCACCUUGGGAUACAGAUGCCUUCAGUUUUCUUGGGACUUUUAAUGAUUGAUGGAAGAUGAGGCUAGAAUACAAGUUGACAUUCAUUUCUUUGGCUGUGUAUUGAAGGCAGGGCUGUUGGAGAAUCCCAGAUGGGAUGAAAACGACUCUGAUGUGUUGCCUUAAACUAGCUGCCAAUAAAUCUGAGUCUUAAGUUAGACUGAGUUGAUCUCCACCUGUCCCCUUUCACCGAACAAACGGACUGGAGAAUAUACUUCCUGGAUUGAUAUAUUGGAAGGUAGCCUAGUAAAAUCCAGCAUCUUGUUCUACUCUUUGCUUCACUCAGAGGGUCCGGGCUCUCGGCUAUUGAGCUUUCUCAAGGUGUGGACUCUGAAGUUUUAAUCUUUAGCCCGUGACGUAUGUAAUAUGCCAGUUCAAAGCAGUGAAGCUUACCAAGAAGUGCCGAGCUGAACGAGAUGGCUGUUAAUGUUAAUUCAAUAUUUGGAAGCGUGACCAACACAGACUGAACUGCUUCAUUCGCUUUCUUCACUGCCAUUGCUAAAACUACAAACAGUGCAGAAAAUUGUUCACAAGUCCUUCUAUUCGCUGACUGGCCCGGUUGAAUCCAACUCAGUGGGAGACAACCCAGACUGAGCUGUAAAGCAAGAUUUGAAUUGAGAGGAUUAGCGCUGGAAGGCAAUGGCCAGACCUUAGAGGUUGAUCUUUCACCGGCUCGAGCUUCCCAUUUGUUGCUUCAUUCCCCCCCGGGGCAUCUCUGGAGACAUGGGGAAUUCAAUGGGUUGCGUUCGGCCUCUUCGGGAGGGCGAUCCAGACGGCGCACCGACCCUGACACCAAAGAAACGUCUUCGCUUCAGACGUAAGCAGAAGGGCAAUAAGAACCGGAGGGCUGGGGAGGAGAAACGAACCCGCGUCCAUGAGUCCAGCCAGGUCGACCAGGUGAAGGAGAAAAAUCCUGAAGGUGUGGAGUGUAGCAGAACAGUGCCUGAAUCCCAUUUAAGUCAUUCCAGAACUGAUCCACACAGCAAUGCUCUGUCUCCCGGCUCUAUGAGUGGACUGUUGAGCAGCCGAAUACUCGAAGCGACUCCCAAACCCAGUCCAGCCUGGAGAGGAGUCUUCUGCCUUCCUGGGGAGGAAGACACGGUCAGCGCCAUCAUCGACGUCUCCAGCAUUCCGAGCCAAACCACAGCCACGACCCCGGUCAACACGGCGCCGGCCCUGGGCAGUACCACUCCAGGAGGAGGCAAGGUCUGCCGGGUUAGGGAGAAAGUUCAAGGCAUUCUGGAAAAACCUUGGAUACACAAAAGGGAAGAGGAGAAGGAGAAAGUGAGUAAGGAUGGAGGGGGAAACAGGCCGAAGCCGGCAGUAAAGGAGCAUAAAGGUGUAGUCCACAUCCGAGAGGUGGAUGGGAAGCUCUGCGUGGUGCGGACGGUCUACCCCACUGAUCUGGGCUCCCCGCUGCGGAAGGACAACGAGGUGGAUGUUCAUAAAGAACCUCCGACACCAUCACCCGUCGCAGGAAACAUCCUGAAAGUCAAGCUGGUAGAACCAGCAGGUGAUUCCCCGACAUCGUCCGGCCAUUUGCACAUCCAGGACGCCAUGAAAGCUUCGUGUCUUUUCGAGUCUGGCUACUCCAGCGAUCUUCCUCUGACGUCUCCGGAAACGGCAGGUACCUCUCCCAGUCAGACGGACUGGGGAGGCCUGACCAGCAGCUCAUCUGAGAAACUGGACUCUACCCUGGAGAGUCCGCUGGCACCGCAGAAACAGGCGGCUUCGAAGCACUUGCCACAGAUCUCAGAGAUCUACGUCUGCGGCGAAUCCGCUGACCUCACAGCCAAAGAGAAGCUGCUGCUAUGGAGCCAGCAGGCCACCGAGGGCUACCCCGGCCUCCGCUGCACCAACUUCAGCUCGGCGUGGAGCGACGGCCGCAUGUUCAACGCGCUGCUGCACAGAUACAGGCCGGACCUCAUCAACAUGGAGGCCGUGACCCGGCAGAGCAACCGGGAGAACCUGGAGCAGGCCUUCGAGAUCGCUGAGUCGCUGGGCGUGACCAGGCUGCUGGACGCCGAGGAUGUUGACGUUCCGUCUCCAGAUGAGAAGUCCGUCAUCACUUACGUCUCCUCCAUUUACGACGCUUUCCCUAAAAUCCCAGAGGGAGGAGAAGGCAUCGCCGCGCAGGAAGUGGACCAGCGCUGGUCGGAGUACCAGUCUAGGUUCUCGUCUCUGCUCCAGUGGAGCCGGCAGCAUACGGCCCUCAUGGCCAAGAAGAACUUCCCACAGAACCCAGUAGAACUCAAGGCACUUUAUAACGAGUACAUCCAUUUCAAAGAGAUGGAGAUCCCCAGCAAGGAGACGGAGAAGUCUCACAUCGAGCAUCUCUACAAGCUGCUGGAGGUUUGGAUCGAGUUCGGCCGGAUUAAGCUUCCUCCGGGCCUCCAUCCCAACGAUCUGGAGGAGGAGUGGGGCAAACUGAUCCUGGAGAUGCUGGAGCGGGAGAAGGCCCUGAGGCCGGCCGUGGAGAGAGUGGAGCUGCUGCUGCAGCGAGCCAAUAAGAUCCAGAACACGGCCGUGGACUGUGAGGAGAAACUCACCCUGGCUAAGAACACGCUGCAGGCUGACGCGUCCCGGGCCGAGAGCGGCGAGGCGGUGCAAUGCGAGGGAGAAAUGGCUUGUUACCUGCAGGACUGUGAGGCGCUGAUCCGGCAAAUCGAGCAGGAUCUGAAAAUCCUACGAGAGGAAAAGUACUACCAGGUGGACCAGCUGGCCUUCAGAGUUAACUGCCUUCAGGAGGAGCUGGUCUCGCUCCGGCUGCAGUGCUCCAGCGUCUACCGGAAGGGCCACUUCUCUCAGUCCCUGGGGCCCACCGGCACGGAGCCGCCCUGGCAGAGAGCCACAGACGGAGGCCUCUCUCUGGGUCAGACCCUGCUGGGAGCCGUGGGCGCCGUGGGGGCGGUUGGAGCCGCUCUCCUGCGGCGACCGAUGGCGCGCUCCCAGCUGGUGGCCAUGUCGUCAUCAGAGGACGAAGGAAGCCUGAGGUUCAUCUACGAGCUGCUGGGAUGGGUGGAGGAGACGCAGGAGCUGCUGGAGGGAGCAGAAUGGGGCGCAGACCUCCCCUCUGUGGAGAACAACCUGCAGGAGCACAACACCAUCCACACGGCUGUGGAGGAGCUGCUGAGCAGCCUGCAGGAGGCGCGCAGCUACGAGGCUAAAGUAUCUCCGAACUAUAAAGGCAGCUACUCAGAAACUCUGGCCAAACUGGAGUACCAGUACUGCAAGCUACUGGAACAUUCGUCAUGCCGCCUGCAGAGCCUGGAGAGUUUGCACGCGUUCGUGUCCCGCUGCACCGAGGAGCUGAUCUGGCUCAACGAGCGCGAGGAAGAGGAGAUCUCCUUCGACUGGAGCGACGCCAACGCCAACAUGAGCGCCAAGCGGGAGCUGUACGAGGAGUUGAGGUUGGAAUUAGCAGAGAAACAGGAUGUGAUGCGUUCUAUCCAGGAAACGGCUGGCCAGCUCUGUCAGGAAAACCAUCCGGCCAAACAGACUGUGGAGGCCUACAGUGCAGCCCUGCAGACGCAGUGGCAGUGGGUGGAGCAGCUGUGUGUUUGUGUUGAGCAGCAUCUCAAAGACAACACCGCCUACUUCCAGUACAUGAGCGACGCCAGGGACUGCGAGUCGUACCUGCGGCAGCUUCAGGAGACGAUAAAGAGACAGUACACCUGCGACAAGAACAGCCGGCUGAGCAAACUGGAGGACCUGCUGCAGGACUCCAUGGAGGAGAAGGAGCAGCUGAUUGAGUACCGCAGUACGGUGGCCGGCCUGGUGGGUCGGGCCAAGACGGUAGUCCAGCUGCGGCCCCGCAGUGCGGAGAGUCCACUGGGUGGCGCCACACCCAUCAGAGCCAUCUGCGACUACAAACAAAUCGAGACAAACGUUCAGAUCACCAUCAACCGAGGCGAGGAGUGUGUGCUGGAGGACAACUCCCAGCGCACCAAGUGGAAGGUGAUCAGCCCGACUGGGAAUGAAGCCAUGGUUCCCUCCGUGUGCUUCACCGUCCCUCCCCCCAACCAGGAGGCCAUCGACACGUCCAGCAGGGCGGAGCAGCUCUACCAGAAGGUGAUGUCUCUGUGGCAUCAGCUGCAUGUGAACAUGAAGAGCGUGGUGACGUGGCACUACGUCCUCAAAGACAUCCGGUCCGUCUCCGGCUGGACUCUGGACACUGUUCGCAGUCAGAGUCCGUCGGAGCGGCAGCAGCUGCUGGACCACAUGGCGUCCCAGCUGGCCGACUUCCUGUCCGACAGCAGGGAGAGCUCGCUGUUCACGGCGGCCGAGAGACGGGAGCUGGAGCGGGACGCUCAGCAGGCGCAGCAGCACUGCCAGGACCUGCUGCUCCACAUGGAAACAGCGGAGAAAGACGAGUCGGUGUCGCGGUCGUACCUGUCGGAGCUGCAGGACGUCACGCUGCGUCUGGACGAGGCCGAGCGCCGGCUGAUGAGAGCCAUCGAGACUCCGCCUCCCAGCCGGCUGUCGAGCGCCGGCUUCGACAACACGCUGCAGGUUGCAGAGCAAGAGAAGCUGCAGUCUGAACUGGACUCGCUGCGCUGCGGUCUGGGCGACGUUUCGCGGCGCUGCGUCCGGUUCUUCGAGGAGAAGCCGUCGUCCUCCAGCGUUCCCGUCCUGCGCUCGCAGCUCAGUCAGGCCGUGGAGAGAACCGACAGGCUGCACAACCUGUCGGCGCUCUACCUGGAGAAGUUAAAAACGGUCGACGUUUUGACGCGGAGCCUAGAUGAAGCGGAGAGCCAGGUCAGGAAGUACGAGAACAGACUGAGCGAGGAGGACAUCGUUCCCGCUGACACCGGCGCCAUCCAGAACCUCAGAGACCAGCUGGAGCGGUGGCAGGCGGAGCUUUCAGAACAAGAGGAGACCUUCCAGGCCCUGCAGGUCCAGCUGGGCCGGGCCAAGGAGGCGGGUGCCGAGCUCGGGAAGCUGCAUGUGGACCGCAGCCCUGAGCUGGAACGCUACCAGGAGAGAGCCAAUCAGAUGGCAGAGAGGUGGAGCGGCGUCAAGCAGCAAACGGAGACACGGUGGUCGGACCUGGAGGUUCUGGGCUCGGCUCUGCAGCAGUACAGACAGAACCACUCGGCUCUGAUCCGGUGGAUCGAAGAGACGACGGAGAGGCAGGAGAGAGCCCAGGCCGGACAGACGGACAGCAGGGCGCUGUCGGAGCAGCUGGCCCAGCAGACGGCGCUGGUGGCUGAAAUCGAGCAGAACCAGACCAAACUAGACGAGUGCCAGACUUACUCCAAACAGUACUGCACCUCCGUCAAGGAUUAUGAGCUGCAGCUGAUGACCUACAGAGCGUUUGUGGAGUCGAUGCAUAAAUCCCCAGUGAAGAGGAGGAGGAUGCACUCUUCGUCUGACGCCAUCACUCAGGAGUUCAUGGAUUUGCGGACGCGCUACACGGCAUUGGUGACGCUGACCACCCAGCAUGUGAAGUACAUCAGUGACGCCCUGAGGAGACUGGAGGAGGAGGAGAAAGAGGUGGAGGAGGAGAAGCAGGCCAGGGUGGGCCAGGUUUCAGAGCUGCUGGGUUGGGUCAAAGGUCUGCGGGGUCGGACCGGCGGCCCCAGCGCCGAGUCCUCGCUGGCGGCUCAGCAGGCCAUCAGCGAACAGCUGGCGGGGAGGAAGGAGCAGGUGGCCGAGGCCAUCCGCAGCACGCAGGGCUUCCUCUGCUCCAAACAGGCCAGCAAGUUGUCCCCGGAGGAGCGCGCUGCAGUGGAGGCUCAGCUGGACGAUCUGACCGCCACCUACAACCAGCUUCUGGACAGCUCCACCCAGCAGCUGCAGCAGCUGGAGCAGCAGCUGGCCAGAGAGGAGGAGAGAAAGAACCGAGCUGCCAUUGGAGGAGUGAUCGACCUGGGAACCGUGGAAACCUUCUCGGUGUUUCAGGCAGCCCAACGGGGUCUCAUCGACCAGGACACCUGCAGUGUUCUGCUGGAGGCCCAGCUGGUCACGGGUGGACUCGUCCGACCAGACUCGUCAAGGGUUUAUUCAUUGGAUCACGGUCUAACUGAAGGCCUCAUUGAUGCUCACACCUGUCAGUCACUAGCGGAACUUGAGAGUGCCAUGGAGUUGAUAAAAGAGUCUGUAGGUGACCAAAAACUUUUGCCCGUAGCUGCAGCCAUGGAGUCAGGGUUGAUCACAGAAGAGGUUGGACUUCGUAUUCUUGAACUUCAGAUGAACAGUGGUGGACUCAGAGAUUCAUGUGGGAAAAUCAUGAGUUUGGAGCAAGCAGAGGAUAUGAGAGUUUUGCCUUCCAGGAUCUUAAACAAACUUUACUCUAGAAUUCAACACAAAGAGUUGCUCGAUCCAAACACAGCUGAAAAGGUCAACAUAGAAGAACUGAAGCUGCGUUGUAUUCCUGAUGACGACUCAGGUCUCCUCCUCCUUCCUGUCAAACAGCAACCUGGAGGAACCGUUUGCCUCCGAUCUGGAAGAAAAGUUGGCAUCUUCCGCGCCGUCCAGGAGGGACUGAUAGACCGGGCGGUUACCGUGAGGCUUCUUGAGGCCCAGCUGUUCGCCGGUGGCAUUAGUGACCCACGUUCUAGCCACCGGCUGACAGUUGGUGAGGCUGUUCGUCAUGGGCUUAUGGACCAGGAUUUAGCUUGUGCUAUGUUAGCACGACAACUGCAGAAUGGGGGGAUUCUUGACCCGCUCAGUAGGCAACGCCUGGAUUUAGAGGAGAGCAUUCGCAGGGACCUUCUCUCCCCUCGUUUGGCUCUGUUGGUUCUUGAGUCUCUUUGGACUUUUACAGGACUCCUUUGGCCUGAAUCUGGAGAGCUGAUGCCCAUUGCAGAGGCUCUUCAACAAGGAGUGAUAUCAGGUGAUCUAGCAAGAAACAUCUUAAGACAGAGACAUGCCAUUGGAGGGCUGUACAGUCCAGAAACCCUCAAAGUGUUACCCCUUAAUCAAGCUGCAGAAAAAGACCUUGAACCUGAUGUUGUAAGAUGUCUUAGAGACAUUCAUAUACCAGACGUUUUCUACAACAUGAACCAGUCUGGUACUCCUUCUCUAAACCGCCUGAGCUGGGGAUCGACUAGCUCCUCAUCUCCUACAAGCUUCAUGUGGGAAGUUUCACCAACCGAUAGGGUCGAUCCUGAAGUUCAAGCCAAAGACAAGCUUCUCUUUCACCUCAUGACUCACAGCUAUGUGGAUGCGCAUUCUGGAAAAAGGCUGGUGCUCCUCGACCAAGAUCUGGUGCUUGUAGUUAAAGACUCUUGUUUUGCUGCAGGAGAAUCAAGUGAAGCCGAGUCAUCAAACAAGUUGGCUGGAGAUAAACUGCAGACACUGGGCAGUGGGGAAAAUGUUAGAAUGCCAAAUGAAGCAGAAGAACACUGCUCUGAUCUGGAAACUUCAGUAGAUAACCUUGAAAUGAUGAAUACAAGUGACAGUGGAAAGGACAUCAGACUACCACAGAAGUUACCUGAAACCACAAACAAAGAUGGUCUUUCUGAUCCUGAACUUUCUGUUUACACAAAAGUACAUAAAGAAAAAGAAGAAGGAUCCAGUUUGCAAAGUGAAAUGUUUUUAUGGAACUAUCAAGAAGGAAUAAAAUACAAAGCCAAUCCUGUAGGUAGAACCAUUCCUCAACAUCUAGAGGUCAAAGAUACAAUUAUAAAAACAUAUUUUGAAUUGGAGGAAGGCAUUAAAAGUGGGACACAGCAGGAACAAAUGCCAAAAGUAAAAGAAAGUAAGGAGGUAAAUCUGAGAGAGGCUCAAGAAUUCAAAGGUACAAAAAGUUCUCCAACCGAUUUAGCAAGUGUGUCUGAAACAGUCGUUGACUUCAAGGGAUCAGAGACUGUAGUUGAUGAAUCAUUGGGGGAAGAGCAACAGGAGGACGCCGAGUUGGAGAGAUUGGUCCUGGAGCUCAAACAGGGAGGUCUGAUGACAGAGGAUGGAGAGAAGCUGCUGCCAGAUGAAGCAGUAGCUCAAGGUGUCCUUCCUGGUCAUACAGCAGUUAAGUUGAUGGCUCAAGCAGGCCUGUUUGGGGGAUUUCUAGAUGCCACCAGUGGGGAGUCGCUGAGCUUGGAGGAAGUGAUGCAGGAGGGCUUACUAGAUGAAGAUCUUAUGUGGGGUGUCCUGAAGUCAGAUAAAACCCUUGCCGGUGUUGUGGACAUAGAGAAAGGUCAGAUCUGUGGGGUGAGAGAUGCAGCUCAGGCUGGACUCAUUGAUCCUAACACUGCUGCUCGACUCCUAGAAGCCCAGGUUGCAUCUGGAGGGAUUGUCGACUUACGCAGGGAUAAGAAAGUCUCUGUCACUUUAGCAGCAAACCUGGGUCUAAUUGAAGAAGACCAAAGAGAAGAACUGAUUGCUCUUGAAAAGGCUUUCAAAGGAAAGGUUACAGACUCUGCAACAAGCCUCAGAAAGGCAAGUUUACAGCUGCAGAUGGAGGGUGUUGUUGACCCUGAAUCCAAGUCUACAGUUCCCUUAGAACAAGCAAUUAAGAAAGGGUUAAUUAGAUCUGAUGAGGCAUAUCAGGUGUUGGCAAGACAGGUGGCUGAAGGUGGCAUAAUCCACCAUGCUUCAGGAAUGAGACUCUCUGUCUCUGAUGCUGUAGAUAGAGGACUAGUGGAUCGGUCUAUAGCUCCUGGGCUUGAGGAACUAGAAUGGAUCUAUCGAGGAAAAAUCAGUGCCUCGACCAAACCAGAAGCAAUUACUUUCCAGGCAAAAACUGGAGCUAUUUUGGAUCCUGACAAUGGAGUUAGGUUGACACUGACAGAAGCUGUGUCGAAGGGUCUUCUAGAUGACAAGAUGGCCACUGAAGUCAUGGCUUCUCCGGUGGUAACGCAGGGAACAAUUGACCCAAAAACUGCACAGAUUGUGCCUUAUUCAGAACUUGUGAGUCAGGGUAAGAUUGAUAUUGAGACAGGCAAACGCUUCUUGGAGGUGAAGCCCUUCCAAGGUGUUCAAGAUAAGCAAACCUUGGAGACCCUGACCCUCCCUGAGGCUGUUGCUUUGAAGUGGGUUGAUCCAGUUCCAGCUGUAAGGUUGCUCCAAAGCCAGGCAGACACUGGUGGGAUCAUUGAUAUCUACACUGGAGAGAGGCUCCCACUGCCUGAAGCUUCUGCCAGAGGUUUAGUAAGUGGUGAUAUGGUCAAAGAAAUAGCCACCAACCAGUUUGUCAAAGGAGGUUUGGUUGAUCCAGCAACUGGACAGCGAGUGUCAGACCUUAGUGAUGCCAUCACUUCCCGGCUGUUGACAAGAGACCUGGCUUUGGAGAUCCAGGAGACACUAAAGGAAAACUUUCCAGAUCAUUUUACAACUGUUUUAGCUACUGGGCCAAGAACUGACAGUCAAGCAAGCAUGUCUGCUGCAAACAUUAGGACGUCCUCUGGAUCUCCAUCUUUUGUUAGAGGUUUAGAAGUUACGCACAAUUAUGACGAGACGUUCAGAAGUGAAAUUUCCGAUCAGUCACUGUUGCAUCCCGAAGAUGAGAUGGUAGCAGAAAUGGAGCCUGAAAGGUCAAUGGAUCUGUUAUCCAAGUUUGCAUCUAAUGUUGAAAAAAGAAUCCAGCAAGCCAUUCAAGAGAUACUGCCACAAAAACUGGAUAAUCACCAUCAACAAGAACCCAGUGACAAAAUGGAGAAUGAGGGAAAACAAGGGGAGAACUUAACCAGAGGUUUCGUAAAAGAAUCCACUCGGGUAAUAAUCGAUCAUACCAAAGAGGUCCAAAAAGAAGAUGGCCAGGAGACAGAAAAAGAUGAGUACAUGGAGUGUGGAUCCACUGAGAGCACAGUAAUGGUCCAUCGUGGGUCUGAAGAUGUGAAGUCAGAAGAAAUUAUAGUAGACAGAGAAACCAAAGAUCCCAGAUGCUUCCCAGGGUUUCCAGCAGAGAAUGAGGACCUUAAGUCUUUGCAGACCAAAAGCAGCACUGACGUGGAGCAGUCAGAUCAGUUCUUUUCUUCUACAAGUAAAGAGUCAGACAACAAAAGCAAAAAGAAGAGGAAGAGUAAAAAGAAGGCAAGAGGGAAAGAAGUAGAAACUGAAACUCAUCUUCCAGAGAUGAAACAUGAUCUUCAAACUCAUCACACCAGUCCAGAAACCAAAGAGAUCCCAGAGGUUGCUCCUGUUACCACUGAAGAAAUCACAUUAGAUGCAAAUGUGCAGAAGUCAGACUCCUACCUUCCAAUUGCUACUGACCCUUCAUCUGACGAGAGAAUGGAAAGGACUGAAGAGAAAGUUGAGACUGAAAAUGUUUUGGUAGAUCAGGAGCAGGAAGCGGUUCUUCUUGAACCAAACACUGAGAUAGAAGAAGAUGCAACCAGGACAAUAUUAGGUAGAACUCCAGAGAAGGUUGACAUGAAGGUAGAAGAAGAGGAAUCAGUGAUGGAGCAGGAAGAAGUUUCUCUUAAACCAAACACUGAGAUGGAGGAAAAUGAAGCUAAAACAAUGUUACUAAAGUUUUCACAAGAGGAUUCUAAGCAGGAAGAGGUAAAAAAGGAAUUUAUGGAGAAGGCUUUGAUUGCUAGACAACUGGAAGCGCCAGAGGUGCAGAAGAGCAUAGAAGCAGAAUCUCUGACAAAGUCAAGUCUUAAAGAGGAUGAGAAAGCAGCCUUGAUUCUGAAAGCUAAAGAGAGCAUUCUUAAGAAAGUGUUUGAGAAAGGAGUGAGUGAAAAACAGGCAGCCCAAGAGCUGGAGGCGCUGAGGAAGAAGAAGCAAAGGAAAACAGGCGGUAAGAAGACAGAAACUAACGGUGAAGAAGGUGACGCUGAUAGGAGAAGCUUUGCUUUACCUAAAGACCAAGUAACUGUCAAAAAGGACCCCAUUGAGCUGCAGAGAACACCUGGAGAAAUUCCUGCAGCACAAGAGACGCUUGGAGCAUCUUCAAGUGAAAACAUCAGGGCUAAGCAGAAAGAUGUUGAGACUCUUCCAACAGGCUCAAAAAGUAAGAGAAGCAAGAAGAGCAAAAAGCUAAAACCAACUGGAGACAAACCUGAGAUGGAGAAGGAACCCACAGAUCUGAAAGAUCCAAAAUACACCACAAAAUCUCCUGAACCGGAGUCAGACGGCACGGUUUUGAAGGAAUACCUGAAGGUCAGCACUGAUGAUGAUCAGGCAGCUGGAGCAGCUACCAAGAAAUCAAAGAGUCUAAAACCAACCAAAUAUCAGCUUGAGUUGGAGAAUGUAACACCAGAUGAGAAAAUGGGUUCUGGCCUGCAAGAUACAAAAAUGAUCUCAAAAUCUAAUGCAAAACAACUGCCAGAAAGCAGAAUUUUGUCUGAAGAUCUCAAUGUGAGCACUGACACUGAUGAUCAGUCAAUUGGUGCAGCUACCAAUAAGACAAAGAGUCUAAAACCAACCGAGAUGGAGAAGGUAACAUCACAUAUGAAAGAUCCAGAAAAUAUGACAAUUUCAGUUGCAGAACUGGAGUCGAACGGAAAAGUUUUGACUGAAAACGUGAAGGUGAGCAUUGAUGAUCAGUCAGUUGGUGCAGCUACCACGAAGCCUAGAAGUCUGAAACCAUCUGAAGAUCAGCCUGAAAUGGAGAAGGCAACUUCACAUCUAAAAGAUACAAAAUCAGCUGCAGAACCAGAAUUGGACAGCAUAGUUUUGACUGAAGACGUGAAGGAUAUUAAUUAUCAGUCUGUUGUUGCAACCACCAAGAAGUCAAAGAGUCAGGAUGAACAGCCAGAGGUGGAGAAGCUAAGACCAGAUGAGAAAGUGGGUUCUGACCUGAAAGAUAUGGAAAUUACCCCAAAAUCUGGCACAAACCAACAGCCAGAAAGCAACAUUUUGUCUGAAGACCUAAAGGUGAGCACUGAUACUGAUGAUCAGUCAGUUGGUGCAGCUACCAAGGAACCAAAGAUGCUAACUAAACAUCAGCCUGAAGUGGAGAAGUUACUCUCAGUUCUGAUAGAUCCAAAAUAUAUGACAAAAUCACCUGCAGAACCGGAGUCAAACGGUACAGUUUUGACUGAAGACGUGAAUGUGAGCCCUGAUGAUGACCAGUCAGUUGGUGUAACUACCAAGAAGCCAAAGAGUGAAAAACCAGCUGAAGAUCAGACAGAGCUGGAGAAAAUCACAGCUGAUGGAAAAGUGGAUUCUGACCUAAAAGAUAUAAAAAUAACCUCAGGAUCUGAUGCAAAGCAACCAGAAAGCAGAUUAUUGUCUAAAGAUUUAACUGUGAGCACUGAUGUUCAGUCAGUCAGUGACCCUGCUAGACCAUCAGAUGUUGGUAAAGCCAAUCAGAAAGACCCUGAAGGAGGCAAAAGUCUCCAAAAAAGUCAGACCGAACGAGCUGCAGGAUUACACUUAGACCAGAGUGACUUGACAGAUUUAUCUCGGGAGGUUUCUAGCAAACAGGAGAGGAAGUCCUUGGCUCAACCUGCUGCUCCUGACCCACAUUCUGAGAAAAGCAAAAGGAAGGAAAACCUGCAGCCACCUGCAGCUGAAAGCUCUGAUGUUUCUGAAUCUUUAACAAACCUGCAGCAACAUCUGGAUUCUCCAGAAACUGCUGCUUUAUCUAAAGAGGAUGCUUCAAUUGAAUCUGAAUCUCUAAAAGUGACUGAGGUGGAUCUGAGCAAUGAGAGCCUAGAAGACGAAGAAAAAGUUUCUAAGAAUCAAGAAACUCUGUCGACCAAAGAGGAAGCACAGUCCACAGGAAGCAAGUCAUCAUUAUUGCGUCAGGAAUGUCUUGAACAUGACCAGCGAAUCAUAGCGCUGCUCUCCAUGGUCCGACACAUUGAAGUCCGACUAAAACAGCAGCAGCAGUCGGUGGGCCACAGCCUCGUCACGUUGGAUGGCAUCAUCAACCGGACUGAGACUCUGGACCUUGAACUCUCCGACUUGGAGCCUGAGAUAAAGAAAGAAGUUGAAGCUGCAGAGCGACUGUUGAAGCCCAGACCGACCGACGUUCCUCCGCAGCUACUGCUGGCCUUGGAGAAAGAUGGGCGGAGCUUAGCCCGAGCUUACGAAGCGGCUCGGUCGCUCUCUGAGAGCGUCCUGCAAAGUCUGCGGAACCACAGAGACUCAUGCAAGGAUGUGGUGGCAGCUGAGCAGAAAUCUUUGGGACAACAUGUGGACAGGCUGCUGUCCUGGUUGAGUGAGACAGAGGCUCAGAUGGACGGAGACACGGCGGGGAAGGAUGGGCUCACACAGCAGCUGGAUCUCUGCAAGGAGCUCCAGUCUUCGCUGUCGACUUGCUCCGACGAAGUCAGCAGCCUGGUCUCCGACAUCCAGCUCUUCAUCUCUGAGCGCGCUCAGGACCUGGCCCCCGAGCAGAGCAGGCGGCUCCUGGAGCAGCUGCAGCAGCUGCAGACGGCCUUCCAUCACACGUCAAGCCGAGCCGAGGCCUGGGCCGGCGCUCUGUCCGCGCAGCGCGGCAGGGAGGAGGAGGAGAGGCAGCGCCAAGAGAGGCGCAGGGAGGAAGAGGAGGAGGACAGAGAAAGGAAAAAAGCGAGGGAGAGAGAGGUGGUGCAGCAGCAGAAAGCAGAGUGCUCUCAGAAACUGGAAGGCCUCAACGCCUGGUUGGCCGGAGCCUCAGGCCUGCUGGCCAAUCAGAGGGCUGGACCGGAGUCAGGUGACGUCAGCGCCCUGCAGGAGAGGCAGAAAAAGCUGAAGGAGAUGCAGAGGAACCUGCAGGCGAAAGCCGACGGCGUGGCUCAGGCCAUCCGGUCGGUGGAGGAGUUUAUGGCAGAGAAAGGAGACAAUCUGAGCGCAGAGGAGAAGAAGAACCUCCAGGUGGCGCUGGAAAGACUGAAGGAGCAGUACGGCGCCCUGACGGACUCCACGAACACGUCGCUGUCAGAACUCGACGACACCAUCAGCACGACCGUACAGCAGAACACGCAGAGGGCGAAAGCGGUGGAGGAGCUUCAGGAAACCCAAAGCCAGAUCGACUCCCUGCUUUCCUCUUUCAGCCAACUGGACCGGGUCGCAGUGCCGCUGGAUGUGCUGGACUCUUCCGUUUCACCACCGGAGGGCGCUGUGGAGUCGCACACAGAGAUGCUGCAGUCGGAGCUGCAGCAGCUCCAGGCUCAGCAGGCGCAGCUGCUGCAGAUCAGCCAAUCAGCUCGCUCCCUGCUGGAGCAGCCCGACUCCACGGUUCCCCCCGAGGAGAAACAGCGGCUCCGGGCCGCACUGGACCGGCUGCAGGCCCAGCACCAGGACAGGCUGCACAGCUGUCAGGAGCGUCUGAGGAAAUCUGAGGCUCUGCAGGACGAGCUGACCAAAUUCCUCCAGGAACACGGAAACCUGGGCGCCUGGCUGGAACUGAGUGAACAGGAGCUGCGUUCUUUGGGGGAAGGAGAAACCGACGCGCAGGGCCUGAAGGACAGGCUGGAGGAACACAGAAAGCUGGGUGAAGAUGUAAUCUGCCACAAGGCCGACCUUCGCUUCGUCUCCAUCUCGGGCCAGAAAGUUCUGGACUCCGUUCAGGGCGCUCUGGAGCAAGCUGGAGGUUCUGACCCGGCUCUGGACGGCAUCAAGCGGCUCGUCUCUGACAAGCUGCAGGACGCCAACCACAGAUACACGACGCUGCACACCAAGUCGACAGAGCUGGGCGGCCGGUUGGGGGGCCUGUUGGAGCGGUACCAGCAGUACCAGGACGAGGUGGUGUCCAUUCAUUCCUGGCUCAGCGCUCACGAGCAAAACCAAAGCACAGCCAAGUCCAGCGGAGACACGGACCCGCAGAACCUCCAGAACGCCCUGCGGCAGGUUCAGCUGCUGCAGGACGAGCUGGCCGAGCGCUCGGUCCAGCUGGAGAAGGUGAAGCGAGCAGGAAGAGAUCUGGUCAGCGCCGACGAAUCUCCGUCUCUGAAAGCCGUAGACAUCCUCUGCGCUGCAGACGGGUUGGAGAAGCGGUUCGGCAGCCUGUCCGCUUCGGUGUCGGAGCGGGCCGAGCAGCUGCAGACGGCCGUGGCCCAGUCCGUCAGCGUCCAGGAGGGCCUGAAGGGCCUGCUGGGCUGGCUGGACCAGCUGGUUCUGAACCCCGGACCGGUCCAGCCCACCGCCCAGGCCGUGCAGGACGCGCUGACCCAGAACCAGAAACUUCGUCAGGAGCUCCUGUCCAGGCAGGGCAGCGUGGAAGCGACACGCGACGCCGUCCCCAAGCUCCUGCAGAGCUCGGACGCCUCCGCGGCUCCGGGCCUCCACGGCAGCCUGGACGACCUGACCCGGCGCUACGCCGCGGCCCAGAGCAGCCAGGCGGAGCGGGAGGCCCAGCUCAAGGGGCUGCUGCCCCGGCUGGAGAGCUACGAGAGGCUGAGCGCCGACCUGCAGGCCUUCACCCAGAGCAGACUGAAGGCCCUGAGUCCCGCCGGACAGCCGGACCGCAGCGUCCACGACUACAGGCAGACUGUCGAGGAGGUGAAAUCUGAGCUGGAGCAGGAGGCGGGCCAGCUGAAAUCCUUCCGCGGCCUCGGCGCCGAGCUCAGCCAGUCCAGAGCGCUCAGCGACACCCAGAACCUGCUGGAGAACGUCAAAGAUGUGACUGAUGAGUUCACCAAGCUGGAAGAAAACGUCAAUGAAAGGUUUGCUGCCAUCCAGGCCUGUGAGCAGCAGCUCCACCAGUUUCGCGGCCUCUCCGGCUCCCUGGUCCGCUGGCUGCAGACGGCCCAGGACCAGCUGCCCUCCAAGGAGGCCAACCUCAACACCGAGGGUCUGCAGAGGCGCGUCCAGCAGCUCCAGGAUUUGCUGAAUGACUGGGAAUCCCAAGGAUCCAGAAUCCAAGACCUGAACAAGACCGGUUCUGAGUUGGAGUCGCUCAUAAUCGACGUCACAGCUCCUCAGACCAAAACUGGAGUUCCUCAGAUCAACGGUUCUGCCGGUCCCAGCAGCGUGAACGGCAUCCACACCUGCAAAGGUGAGCCCUCAGAUCUGACGGAGCUGCAGGUGACCGUCUCAGAUGUGAACGCUCGCUACGACGCUCUGGGCAGCGAGCUAAAGGAGCGUUUGGGCCGCCAGCAGGCCUCUCUGGAGGUGCGGCAGAAAGCCCGGCAGAACGCGGAGGAGCUCAGGAGCUGGCUGAGCGACCGAGAGAAAAGCCUGACGCUGGGACAGACGACUUCCCCGUCCAAACCCGAGGUGGUGCGCGCUCAGGCCCAACAAAACAAGGCUCUGCUCUCAGAGCUGGCAGAGCAUUCAGGAAAGGUGGAGGAGCUGAAAAGUACGUUGAGAAAACUAAUCGCAGACAAUCCCGACUCCCCCGAGGCCGACGGCUGGAGGCAGCAGCUGCAGGAGAUCGACUCCCGCUGGCAGACGGCCAAUAAGACGGCAGCUCAGCGGCAGACGGAGCUGGAGACGUGCGCCGACCGGCUGGGCAGCUUUGCCUCAGCAGCCAAUCAGCUCGGCCCCUGGCUGAGAGAGAAGGAGCUGAUGAUGAGCGUGCUGGGGCCCCUGAGCAUCGACCCCAACAUGCUCAACACGCAGAAGCAGCAAGUCCAGUUUAUGCUGCGGGAGUUCGACACGCGGCGGCCCCAGUUUGACCAGUUGACCCAGUCGGCGGAGGGAAUCCUCUCUCAAACCGGGGACUCGGCUCAGGACCCCAAAGACCUGGAGGAGGUCCGGACAGAACUGGGCUCCAUCUCCCAGCAGUGGGAGGAUCUGACCGGCCGGCUGACUCAGCGGUCGAGUCACAUCGAUCAGGCUCAGGGAACCAGUGAAAAAUACCAGGCCUUGCUUAAGGAUCUGUCCUCCAGCAUCGCGUCGCUCAGCGAGAGGCUGGAUGCUCAGGCCUCGCUCAGCGCCCAGCCUGAGGCUCUGAAGCUCCGACUGCAGGAAACCGGAGAGAUCCGGUCGGAGCUGGAGCGCCGGCGUGGCGAGCUAUCGGAGGCCGAGAGGCUCUGCGGGGAGCUGAGCGCCAUCGUGGCCGAGCCGUACCUAAAGGAGGAGCUGAGCAAGCGGCUGGAGAGUGUCAGUGCGCCGCUGAGGAGCCUAGAGGAGAGAGCAGCGGACGGCCUGACCCAGCUCCAGGCCGCUCUGUCCUCCACGCAGCAGUUCCAGCAGAUGUUUAAGGAGUUGCGCUCCUGGCUGGACAGGCAGUCGGAUCUCAAACAAUCGCCCUCCGACUCGCUGCCCUGCCGCCCCGAGGCCAUCCGUUCCCUGCUGGCGCAGACUGAGGAGCUGCAGCGCGGCGUCGCCAGCCAGCGGGGCUCCUACGAGCUGAUCCAGGCGGAGGGCGUGUCUCUGCUUGCCACGCUGCCCGCAGACGAGCGCGCCUCUCUGCAGGCCCGCCUGGCCUCGCUGAGGCAGGACUGGGAGGGCGUGAACCAACGGAUCGCGGAGCGGGAGACCCGGCUGAAGAACUCGCUGGGCAAAGCGGAGACGUACCAGCAGCACCGGGCCGAGCUCACGCCGUGGCUGGCAGAGUGCGAGCAGAAAGACGGAGAGGUCCGGCCGUCGCUGGACCCGUCUGUCCUGGACGAGUCUCUGCAGAAAGCCCGGGCGCUGACCCUGGACCUGGAGAGACGGCAGCCCCUGCUGGAGGCUUUUAAUACUGCAGCCGACCAACUGCUGGAGCUGUGCUGCAUUGGAGAGGAAGAGCUACGAGAUGAGAAGGCGCAGCUGAACCGGCGGGUGGACAGGCUGAGCGAGGACCUCCUGAACCGGACCUCCCAGCUGGAGGAGCUGGCCAGCCGCCUGAAGGAGUUCGAGGACGGCAGACAGGCUGUGGAGAGGAGGCUGGAGGCCGCCAAGCAUCAGAUUGAAGUCCAGGAGGCUCUUGGACCUCAGGCAUGCAGCGCUAAAAGCCUGGAGAGACUGAGGAGUCAGCAGGAGAAUCUGCGCUCCCUGCAGCCUCAGGUGGUCUACCUCAAAGAUCUGGCGCAGGGCCUGGUGCAGGACGCACCCCAGACACCAGGGGGCAGCACUGAGGGAACACAGAGGCUGCAGGAGCAGGCCAAGGACACUGAGAAGGAAUAUGAUGAGGUCACUGAUAAGAUCGAGCUCUGCUGCUCCUCCCUGGAGUCGCGCCUGCAGGGCGUCGGCGAAGUCCAGUCUCACGUCCGCGACGUUUUCUCCCGCCUCGCCGACCUGGAUGACGAACUGGACUCCCUGAGUCCCGUCGGCCGCGACGCUGACUCCCUGGCAUCGCAGGCGGACGCCGUGAAGAGCUUCCUGUCCCGCCUGUCCGACCUGAGGACGGAGCUGGAGGGACACGCCGCCGAGUGCACCGCCAUGUUGAGGAGGGAAGGCUCCUCGCCGGACCUGCUGGCUCUGCGCAGGGAGACGGAGGCGUUGAGCCGCCAGGCUGGCAAGCUGAGCGAGCGCGGCCAGGCCAGGCUGGUUCAGAUCGAGGACGCAGCAGAGAGAGUCCAGGACUUCUACCGGCUGGCGGCGGAGCUGCAAGGCAUGCUGGGAAAAGCCGAAGAGGGGCUGAACUCGCAGGGAGCGGUCGGCACAGAGGUGGAGAUGAUCAAACAGCAGCUGCAGGAGUUCAAGGCUGUGGAGCGUGAGCAGGUGGACGGCAUCCAGCCGAAGCUGCAGCACGUCAACGCCGUUGGUCAAGGCCUGAUCCAGAGCGCCGCCAAGCACACCGACACGCAGGCGCUGGAGCACGACCUGGAGACCACCAACCUGCGCUGGAACUCGCUCAACAAACGGGUUGCAGAACGUAUCGCCCAGCUGCAAGAGGCCCUGUUGCAUUGUGGGAAGUUUCAGGACGCGCUGGAGCCUCUGCUCAGCUGGCUGAGCGACACGGAGGAGCUGGUAGCCAAUCAGAGGCCUCCUUCUGCUGAAUACCGCGUCGUGAAGGCUCAGAUCCAGGAGCAAAAGCUGCUGCAGAGGCUGUUAGACGACCGCAGGCCGACCGUGGAGAUGAUCCGUGCGGAAGGCGCCAGGAUCGCCGCCACGGCGGAUUCUCAGGACCGGGAGAAGAUCCAGGUCCAGCUGCAGAGUCUGUCGGAGCGAUGGUCGGACCUGCUGGACAAGGCCGGCGGCAGGCAGCGGCAGCUGGAGGAGCUGCAGGUUCUGGCUCUGCAGUUCCACGAAGCGCUGGAGCCGCUGGGAGAGUGGCUGAGCGCCACCGAGAGACGCCUGAGCUCCGCCGAGCCCAUGGGAACCCAAACGGCCAAGAUCACCCAGCAGAUCGUCAAGCACAAGGCGCUCCAGGAGGACGUUUCCUCCAGAGAGGCUGAGGUUGACCACCUCGAGUCCCUCAGCCAGUCUCUGUUCCCGCUCAGCUGCGCCGCCGAUCGUGAUUGGCUGCGUGAGCGCUUGGGGGCGGUGCGGUCGGGUCACUCCGAGCUCGCCCAUUGGUGCGCCGGGCGGGCGGCGCUGCUGGAUCAGGCGCUGGCCAACGCGCAGCUGUUUGGUGAGGAGGAGGUGGAGGUGCUGAACUGGCUGGCGGAGGUGGCUCAGAGACUGGGUCAGGUCUCGGUGCAGAGCUACCAGCCCCAGCUCCUGGCCGAGCAGCACAAACACACACUGGCUCUUAAUGAAGAAAUCCUGAGCAGGAAGAAAACUGUGGAUCAGGCCAUCAAAAACGGACAAGCUUUACUCAAGCAGACCACAGGUGAGGAAGUUCUGCUGAUCCAGGAGAAGCUGGACGGGAUCAAGUCCCGUUACGCCGAGAUGACGGCCGGCAGCAGCAAGGCGCUCCGCACGCUGGAGCAGGCCCUGCAGCUGUCCACGCGCUUCGCCGCGGCCCACGAUGACCUCAACCAAUGGCUGGAUGGCGUGGAGGCGGAGCUUAGCAACGUGGAGCCUGACGCCUCACCUGCCUACCAGGAGAGACAGAAGGAGCUGAAGAAAGUGUCGGCUGAGAAGCGCCUGGUUCUGGACACGGUGAACGAGGUGGGCAACGCCCUGCUGGAUCUGGUGCCGUGGCGCGCCCGCGAAGGCCUGGACCGGCUUGUCGCCGACGCCAACCAGCGGUACCGACAUGCCGAUGAAACCAUCACUCAGCGUGUGCAGCUGGUGCAAGCUGCCAUCCAGAGGUCGCAGCAGUAUGAAGAGGCGGUGGAUGCAGAGCUGGCCUGGGUCGGGGAGACGGAGCGGAAGUUGGCGUCUCUGGGCCCGCUGAGUCUGGAGCCGGACGUGACCGUGGCUCAGCUGCAGGUGCAGAGGGCCUUCAACAUCGACAUCAUCCGACACAAAGACACCGUCGACCAACUGCUCAGCGUCCGAGACGAAGUGCUGGAAGCCUGCAGCGACGCCCAGAAGGACGCUCUGAUGGUGAAGACGGAUUCUCUGAGCUCGCGUUACGACACGGUGAGCCAGAGCCACAGCGAGCGGUUCUCGGCUCUGGAGCAGGCUCAGGUUCUGGUGGCUCGGUUCUGGGAGACCUACGAGGAACUGGAGCCGUGGCUGGGCGAGACCGAAGCCCUCAUCACUCAGCUUCCGCCUCCGGCGAUCGACACGGACGCUCUGCGGCUGCAGCAGGACCAGAUGAGGCUGCUCAGGGAGUCGAUCGCAGAGCACAAACCUCACAUCGACAAGCUGCUGAAGAUCGGGCCGCAGCUGGCCGAGCUCAGCCUCCAGGAGGGGGCGACGGUGACGCAGCGCUACACCGAGGCAGAGAGGCGCUACCUGGCCAUCAAAGAGGAGGUCAAAGGUCGCGCCGGAGCGCUGGACGAGGCAGUGUCCCAGUCUGCACAGCUGGUAGAGUUCCAUGACAAGAUGGAUCCUCUGCUGGAGACUCUGGAGGCGGCGGUGCAGAGGCUCCGGCAGCCUCCGCCGGUCGCCGCCGAGGUGGAGAAGAUCCGGGAGCAGCUGGCGGAGCACCGCGCUCAGGGGCUGGAGCUGGACAAGCUGCUGCCCAGCUUCUCCGCCCUCUGCUCCCGCGGGGAGGAGCUCAUCAGCCGGGCGGCACACGACGACCCGGCGGCUCAGGCCGUUCGCUCCCGGCUCCUGCGUUUGCGCUCCCUUUGGGACGAGAUCCGGCAGCGAGCCGAGGAGAGAGAGAGCAAGCUGAACGACGUCCUGGACCUCGCCGGGAAGUUCUGGGCCGACGUGGCGGCUCUACUGAGCACGCUCAGAGACUCCCAGGACAUCGUGAGGGAGCUGGAGGACCCCGGGGUGGACCCGUCGCUCAUCAAGCAGCAGAUCGAAGCAGCCGAGGCCAUCAAGGCGGAGACGGACGGCCUGAGGGAGGAGCUGGAGUUCGUCCGGACGCUCGGGGCUGACCUCAUCUUCGCCUGCGGAGAAACUGAGAAACCUGAAGUCAAGAAAACCAUCGAUGAGAUGAAUGCUGCCUGGGAGAGUCUGAACCGAACAUGGAGGGAGAGGAUGGAGCGGCUGGAGGAGGCCAUGACCGCCUCAGUUCAGUACCAGGACGCCCUGCAGUCCAUGUUCGACUACCUGGACAACGCCGUGAUCAAGCUGUGCGACAUGUCGACCGUAGGAACUGAUCUGGGAACAGUCAAACAGCAGAUAGAGGAGCUCAAGCAUUACAAGGUGGACGUCUACCAGCAGCAGAUCGACAUGGAGAAGCUCUGCCACCAGGGGGAGCUGCUGCUGAAGAAAGUGUCGGACCAGACCGACCGGGACAUGAUCCAGGAGCCGCUGACAGAACUGCGACACCUCUGGGAGAAUCUGGGAGAUAAAAUCACCCAAAGACAGCACAAGCUGGAGGCGGCGCUGCUGGCUCUCGGUCAGUUCCAGCAUGCUCUCUCUGAGCUGCAGGCCUGGCUGAGCCACACCCACACCACUCUGGACACGCAGCGGCCCGUCAGCUCCGACCCCAAGGCCAUCGAAAUCGAGCUGGCGAAACACCACGUUUUACGUAACGACGUGCUGUCCCAUCAUGCCACGGUGGAGACUGUGAACAGCGCCGCCGCCGAGCUGCUGGAGUCCUCUCCAGGCGACGAGGCCAGCCACCUGCGGGAUCAGCUGGACCAGCUCAACCGCAGCUGGGAGAGUCUGCUGCUGAAAACCCAGGAGCGGCAGACGCUCCUGGAGGCCGCCCUGCAGCAGGCUGAAGGUUUCCAUGGUGAGCUGGAGGAGUUCCUGCAAUGGCUGAGGCGGACGGAGAGCCAGCUGUCUGCCGCCAAGCCGACCGGAGGCCUCCCAGAAACAGCCAGAGAGCAGCUACAGCAGCACAUGGAGCUACAGGCUCAGCUGAGCCAGCGGGCAGAACAGUACCACCACCUGCUGGAUCAGGGAGAGUCUAUGCUGCUGGUCCGAGGAGGAGAGGAAGCCGGACCCGGAACCACCCAGACCCAGCAGAACCUGGCCAUGCUGCAGAACAAGUGGGCCAGCCUCAACACCAAGAUGGACGACCGCAGGGGGAAGCUGGAGGAAGCCGUUUCCUUGGCAACAGGUUUUCAGACGUCCCUCCAGGACACCAUGAACUGGCUGACGCAGGCCGAACAGACCCUGAACAUGGCCCAACCCCCCAGCCUCAUUCUGGACACGGUCCUCUUCCAGAUCGAUGAGCACAAGGUGUUUGUGAACGAAGUGAACACCCACAGAGAGCAGGUCCUGGCUCUGGAGAAAGCGGGCUCUCAGCUUCGCUUCGCCAGUCUGAAGCAGGAUGUGGUUCUGAUCAAGAAUCUGCUGCUCAGCGUUCAGGCCCGCUGGGACAAGCUGGUCCAGAGGUCCCUGGACCGGGGCCGACACCUGGAUGAGGCCCGGAAACGAGCCAAGCAGUUCCAUGAGGCCUGGAGGAAACUGACGGACUGGCUGGAGGAAGCUGAGAAAAGACUCGACUCGGAGGUGGAGAUCUCCAACGAGCCGGACAAGAUCAAAGUUCAGCUGACCAAACACAAGGAGUUUCAGAAAGCGCUGGGAUCCAAGCAGCCGGUUUACGACACCACAGUGAGGUCAGGGAAGGCCAUGAGGGACAAAGCUCAGCUGCCUGCAGACCAGCAGAAACUGGACCACCUGGUGGGGGAAGUCCGGGACAAGUGGGACACCGUCUGUGGGAAGAGCGUUGAAAGGCAGCACAAGCUGGAGGAGGCUCUGCUGUUCUCAGGUCAGUUUGCAGAAGCGCUUCAGGCUUUAGUGGACUGGCUGUACCGGGUUGAGCCUCAGCUGGCUGAAGACCAGCCGGUCCACGGUGACAUGGACCUGGUGUCCAACCUCAUGGACGCACACAAGGUUUUCCAGAAAGAACUGGGUAAACGAACCGGCAGCGUUCAGGCUCUGAAGCGGUCAGCCCGGGACCUGAUGGAGACCGGCCGGGAUGACACGGCGUGGGUCAAAGUUCAGCUGCAGGAGCUCAGCAACCGCUGGGACACAGUGUGUGCUCUGUCCGUCACCAAGCAGACCCGCCUCCAGCAGGCGCUCAAACAGGCUGAGGAGUUCCGCACGGCGGUGCAGAUGCUGCUGGAGUGGCUGUCGGAGGCGGAGCAGACGCUCCGUUUCCGCGGCGUUCUCCCCGAAGAGGCCGAGACGCUGCAGCCGCUGCUGCACACGCACCGCGACUUCAUGGGAACGGUGGAGGAGAAGAGGGCCGACGUGAACAAGGCUGCCGGCAUGGGAGAGGCCAUCCUGACUGUGUGUCACCCCGACUCCAUCACCACCAUCAAACACUGGAUCACCAUCAUCAGGGCGCGCUUCGAGGAGGUGCUGACGUGGGCCAAACAGCACGAGCAGCGGCUGGAGACGGCUCUGACGGAGGUGCUCAACAACGCCAACCUGCUGGAGGAGCUGUUGUCAUGGUUACAGUGGGCCGAGACCACGCUGGUCCAGAGGGACACGGAGCCGCUUCCUCAGGACAUCCCACAGCUGAAAACGCUGAUCACGGAGCACCAGACGUUCAUGGAGGAAAUGACCCGGAAGCAGCCAGAUGUGGACAAAGUGACGAAAAGCUACAAAAGGAAACCAGCGGAGCCUCCCAGCAGCCUGGCGGAGAGGAGAGGAGCUCGUAAACACCAGCAGCAGCAGCAGCCCAGCAUGCAGCUCUCGGGGGGAAACCCGCGCCUCAACCAGCUCUGUGCGCGCUGGCAGCAGGUGUGGCUGCUGGCUCUGGACCGCCAGCGGAAACUCAACGACGCUCUGGACCGCCAGGAGGAGCUCAAAGAAUUCGCCAACUUUGACUUUGACGUGUGGAGGAAGAAGUACAUGCGCUGGAUGAACCACAAGAAAUCCCGCGUCAUGGAUUUCUUCCGACGCAUCGACAAGGACCAAGAUGGAAAAAUCACACGGCAGGAGUUCAUCGACGGCAUCCUGGCCUCCAAAUUUCCGACCAGUAAGCUGGAGAUGUCGGCCGUGGCGGACAUCUUUGAUCGAGACGGAGACGGUUACAUCGACUACUACGAGUUCGUGGCGGCGCUUCACCCCAACAAGGACGCCUACAGGCCGACCACCGACGCCGACAAGAUAGAGGACGAGGUGACCCGCCAGGUGGCCCAGUGUAAGUGCGCCAAGCGGUUCCAGGUGGAGCAGAUAGGAGAAAACAAGUACAGGUUCUUCCUUGGAAACCAGUUCGGCGACUCCCAGCAGCUGCGUCUGGUCAGGAUUCUGCGCAGCACCGUGAUGGUGAGAGUCGGCGGCGGCUGGAUGGCUCUGGACGAGUUCCUGGUGAAGAACGAUCCGUGCAGAGUGAAACAUCCAGGACUUAAGAUUCUCCGCUCCGAUUCCAGUAGCUCCAUCUCAUCUCGUAUAGUGACAGUCACUCCUGGCUAUUUCUGCUGCCGAGCUCGAGGUCGCACCAACCUGGAGCUCAGGGAGAAGUUCAUCCUUCCUGAAGGAGCGUCUCAGGGCCUGGCUGCAUUCCGCUCUCGGGGUCGACGCUCCAAACCGGGCUCACGCAACGCUUCGCCAACCCGUUCGUCGUCCUCGGCUUCCCACAGCGGCGCCUCGCUCCCGUCGGCUCCCUCCACACCUGCCACACCGACGGCUUCGGCUUCAUCUAGGUCCUCCCUCACUCACUCGCGUGACUAUGCCAAGCCCUGGCUUGCACACAGUAAAACUCCAACGCCAUCCAAGUGCCACUGCUGCCCAGACUUCGGUCACAACCACAGCGCUCCUGGGCACGAGGGGGCGGCGUCUGGCUCCAAACUGAAGAGGCCGACGUUUCACUCGAGUCGAGGUUCGCUGACUGGAGAGAACGGAGGAACUGCGCACAGCAGCAAACGCACAGAUUCAAAGCGAGGGGCGACGACGGCCAGCGGUCCAACCAGCCGCGCUGGCAGCAGAGCGGGCAGCCGGGCCAGCAGUCGCCGUGGCAGCGAUGCCUCUGACGCCUCGGAGCUUCAGGACUCUCGCUCCGUCUGCUCCGAUACUUCAGACACGCCAAGGCGGCCCGGCAGCGCCGCUAAACCCUCAAAGAUCCCAACUAUAUCAAAGAAGGCUCCCAGCCCCAAGACGCCAGGGUCUGCGAAGAAGUAAACCAGCUGAAGAAUCGAUCGGUGUUCUUGUUCUUAUUAUUCAUCCAGACGGCUGGUGUGAAAAUCCUGCACUAUAAGUGAUGUUUUUCCGGGGAAUGAAGGAGAUGGCGAUCCGAGUAAAUCUCCCUCUCACUCCUUCCCAAGUCUUGAAGACAUGCACAAGAGGAGAAGGUCUCUGGACCAGAAUCCGAGGGGUCAGCGAGAACUUUUCCCCCCUUUAUGACCCCGGUUUGCCUUCCAGUCUCCUCUUCUCAAACGUGAUGCUGCCUUACUUUAUGUUACACACAUUGUCGUGAUCACAUGUCCAUCUUUCUAACUGAAAGCUGGACAUGUUAGCUUUACGGGCACACUCGGACCCGUAGAGCGCGGGGCGCGGUGCUGCGCGGAUCGGGGCACGCCGCCAACGCCGCAGCUACACAAACAGAAAAAGAAUUGUGGGAGAAUUAUUUUUACUUGUGGUCCAGAUGCCUCAAGGAUGCGUCAACAGAGAAAAUAUGCAACGACUGCCAUGUCUGUCGCUUGGCGAGAAAACCGUCACCUCAGCAGUGGCGGAGCUGAGGAAACGCUGUCUGACGCACACACACACUUCCUGAGAGGAUCGGUGGAGGUGGUGACUCCGCCCAACCGCUGGAACGCUCCCGUCAGCCCCAAGCGUGCAUUUCAGCAAAGGGCGGUGUGGUUUCCUUUUCUCCUUUUUUACACAAAAAUCACAAGCUAGCAAUAGAAAGGACUAUUUUUACGGUGACAACUAACAGCACAUUACUGACAAUAUACGACAUGCGUAACCUUAACAUGAUGUUAACAACCGUGUUCGCAAGAGUUCGACAACCAGCAUGCACUAAUCCUCUGCCGCUGUGUUGCCCUUAGUGACCCCGCUGCACACACACACACACACACACGUAUCGUGUGUGUGUUUGUUACAGGAAGCAGCAGAGGUCAUUGACUUGAGUCACUGUAUGCAAAAUUUUACUUUGCAAAUGUUUUCUGAUUAAUUUAUGAACCAGUUGGACUUUUUUGUUGUUUAGCUUGAAAGACAGAUUUAUUUAUUUUCAGUUUUUUGUCAUAUCACCGUCGGCAGAGUGAUUUAGUAUUAUGGUUAAAGAAAUUAUGAAUUUUUUGUACCGAGAAGAUGCCCACUCCGCUUUUUUUUGUUGACAUGGUUUGUGUGUAAAAGCCUGUUUCUAGUCUGCUAUUGUAACAUUACAUUGCUCAUUGGGGCGCCCUCUAGUGGCAGUCUUGUUGUUAAAUUUUCUUUAUCGCUAACAACUACAUUUUCCUGACCAAAGGGGUUUGCCCUUCAUGUGUAGAGAUGAACCACAGAUAUGAAUGACAACGUCUCUUCUAGGUUUUUUCCUCAAAAGUCCUGUUGCUGACAGGGCCACGUUGUCUAAGUGUUUUCUCAAAUUAAGAGAUGAAGUUUAUGGAAACUAAUGAAAUAACAUCAAGAAGACAUCUUAAGGUUGAUUUUUAUUUAUUUAUUGUCUCUCUGAGGGGGAGUGAUGGGGAAAUGAUUACUCCACCUUUUUGAUGCUGCAGUCCUCUCAGUGUGAUGAAGUCAACAUGGAGAGAGGAGGGGGUGUUACAGGGAGUCACUUGUGUAAAACGAAAACAAUAAACUAAAAUUAUAAACUUUUUUUCUGUUUUUGUAUUAAAAAAGUAUGCUUGCAAUAAAACUA